UGAGACUUCAUCGUCGCAACAAUGCUGUCGUUUCAGUUCUUUGGUGUUGCCCUUCUCUUAAUUUCAACCGCAACAUGCAUGACCUCUCAAGGUCGCAAAGGCCACGGGCUAAUUGGCUACGGAAUCGUUAUGUACAAACCAAAUUGCGCCUCCGCUUGCCGCGACUGCACUUCUACCGGCGUCCUCAAUUGCUCCACAGUGAUGGAGGAUGAUAAGGGAAUGGACAUGGGCGGAAUGGAUAUGACAGAAACUUCGCCAGAAUGCUACGCGACAGAUGAUGUCUUCCUGCAGACUCUCGCCUACUGCAUUUCAGUGAAGUGCGCGCAGCUGCCGGACUGGGAGAAGGAGAAGUGGUGGAAAUUGAAUGUCGCGGGACGAAAUCAAGUUCAACCAAACCCAAAGGAGUCAUAUCGCCAGGCUCUAGAUAUGGUGACCAGCCCUCCCACCGAAAUAAUGGUGAGUGGCGAGCCGUUGAACAAGACAAUGUUGGUUAGCGAGGAUGAUUAUGUUGCGAACUGGAAUGCGGAGUAUCAGUUCGAGAAGCAAGAAGAGAUUCAUGAAAGAUAUGGGAUCGUUCUAGUUGUCAGCUGCUUCGUUAUCCCAAUCGCGUUUUCGCUUCUCCGCUUUGUUCCCUUCCCCGGCUCCUGGGUUACAAGAUUCAACGCCUGGAUAAUCGACCCUCCCCUCUGGGGUGUGAAGCACAAGCAACCUUUAUCAGGUGGCCUUGGUCUCAUUCCAACGCGUGGACAAUCUAUUUUUCUAUCCUACAUCCUCAUCAUGAAUAUCGUCUUAUCGGCAGCCAACUUUCACUCUGUUCAACCCAACGCCUGGAGCAAUACUCGCAUGGAGAUCAUGGACUAUAUCACGAACCGAGUUGGUGUGCUCAGCUUUGCCAACAUUCCUCUCCUGAUCCUUUACUCGAGCCGUAAUAACAUUCUCCUAAAGCUUACUGACUGGAGUCAUGCCACCUUUCUUCUAAUGCAUCGCUGGGUUGCCGGGAUAGCGACUAUUCAAGCCAUUCUCCAUUCUCUGCUCUGGCUCCGCAUGGAUCUCGAGACGCACAAGCACGCAACAGAGAGCAAACAGCCUUACUGGUAUUGGGGCAUCAUCGCUACACUCUCCAUGACCAUCCUCUUGCCCACCUCCGUUCUCGCCAUCCGCCAGAAAAUGUAUGAGCUAUUCCUUGCAUGGCAUGUCGCUCUUUCUAUUCUGGCCAUCGCGGGUUGCUACUGGCAUAUUAUUUUCCGUUUCCAACACCAGUGGGGAUAUGAAACCUGGAUUUACACUGCGAUGGCUGUAUGGGGCUUUGACAGAGUCAUGCGCCUGUUGCGGGUUGCCCGACAUGGUAUCCGAACCGCUCGGGUUACACAAAUCGAUGACGAUUAUGUUCGUGUCGAUGUCCCAGGCGUUGCUGCGUCAGGCCACGCAUAUCUGUAUUUCCCUACAUUAACAUGGCGUUUCUGGGAAAAUCAUCCGUUUUCCGUGGCGUCGGCCGUGAUACCACAAUUCGGGGACCGCAAGACGAAGUCACUUGCCGAUGAAGAAGCGGGACCGUUGGCACCCACGAAAGAUGAUAUCCACGUGUCGACAGCGUCCGCUGCUGCGUCUGAUAGCGAGAAAGGGCAUACCCAUCAGCCUGCUACUCUCGGACUUACAUUUCUCCUCCGCCGUCAAGCAGGUCUUACCACUCGGUUUUCCUCCCGGUCCUCGCUGCCUGUUCUCGUAGAAGCUUCAUACGGCGCACAUAUCGACACCUCAUCGCAUCCCCACCUUCUCUGCAUCGUCGGUGGAAUUGGCAUCACCGCCGUCCUCCCCUAUCUACGCUCCCAUGCUGGAUCAAGUAAACUGUAUUGGGGCGUGCGCUCUGAAGGAAUUGUUCAUGCGGUAAAAGAUAUGCUUCAGGGUAUCAACAAGGAGGUGUUUAUAGGGCAUAGGAUGAACAUUCGGAAAGUGUUGGGCGAUGAACUUGGGUUCGCAGGCGCAAGCGGUGUGGUGGUGAUUGUGUCUGGACCGCCGAGUAUGGCGGAUGAGGUGCGAGCCGUUGUGUCUGAGAUUGGUCGGAAAGGGGCUGUGAAUGUGAGGCUGAUUGAUGAAGCGUUUAGUUGGUAAAUAAGGGGAAUUUAAUAUUGGUGGAGAUUAGAUGUUUGGUGUUGGAGUGAUUUGGGACCCGC